UGUCAAUCUGUCAUUGAGCUCGUGCUGCCUCCUCCCGUGCUCUCGCGUCUCUUCCCAUCCACAUCCAGCUCCAGCUCUAUCCACUCGCUCCCGCACACGCACUAGUACCAACUCCAAUCCACCCACGCGGGAGGGAGAUCGCGGAGGAGGAGGCCGCGCGCCGUAGUCGGAUCGAACGGUCCGGCCGCGCGGCGGAGGCGGCACUGCGCGUCCUAUCCAGAUCGACGGGCCGCCCCGCCCGCGAGGGGUUGGGAGCCGCGGCUUCGGACAAGGGCGCCGCCACCCGGGGCGCGUUUGGGCGAAUCGCUCGAAAUCCCGAUCUGAAACGAAGGUAUGGAGUCGGCUGGUUCUUCCAAUACGGAACCUUCAGUGCGCAAGAGGAAGACGCAUUCCACUUCCCCGGAACUCAUUUCCAGCAGCGACGAGGAAGAUGAUUUCACUCCCCCACGGCGAUUCAAGCGUAAGAAGACCCAUGAAUCGAAGGCUGUCAAGGGUAAGAAAGUCUCCAACAACUCUCCCACCAUCCCCACAAAAAGUGACGAGAAGAAGAAGAAGAAGUGUCGUCCCACCAUAUGGUGUGCUCCAGAGUUUAUUAAAUCAGCUAUUGAAAUUCUAAAAGAUUGCCAGAGGAAAAGGAUCAAGAAGUUAGGUUUUGGGUGGGUGCUCAGUUUGACUGUUGAUGCGCUCCGGACAAGGAACCUGCCUGUGUUUCUAAUGGACAAUACAAGUGAAUCCCUUGUGAUCAAUGUUGGCACGCAGGGUGGUCUUAAGAUUACACCCCAUGCUGUGCAUUGUGUCCUUGGCUUACCUAAUGGCGGCAUAGAUCCACCUCCUUUAUCCCGUGCAAUAAAAAUAGAGCAACUUCGGGAGCUCAAGAAACUACUUGGUGUCCCUAAGGACGAAAACAUUACUGUUGAAGUCUUGUACCAACGCAUACGCCUCGGGGGCGAUGACGACUUGACGAUAAGAUGCUUCAUUAUAAUUGUGUUCAAUCGUCUCUUAUUCCCCACUACGGCUACAUAUAUCACAGGGAGGGAUGCGGCUUGGACUUCUGACUUACACAAUCUUCCAAAUAUUGAUUGGUGCAAGGUCCUUGUUCACGACAUUAGCCAAGCUGUAAUUUCCUGGAAGUCCAAGAGAUUGGCUUAUUCCACGAGAUUGGCUUAUUCCACGAGAUUGGCUAAUCCCAAGAAAUCGAAUGAACCAACCCUGUCCCUCACUAGUUGCACCCUCUUUUGUAUUAUUUUUUAUUUGGACAACCUAUUAAGUAUGAAUCGGCUUGAUGCAAUUGAAAUCCCACGUAUCGCACACUUCACCAAUGGUAUUAUAGCGAAUAUCUUGCAUGAGGAUACACAGAUAGCUAAUGGCCUUGAAACAUAUGGUAAACUUGCGCUUAGGCCCAAGGAGGGUACCUGCUAUUUCGAGGAUUCCCAAUCUCAGCUCUUAUUUACAGCCUGUCCAACUUCCCCGCCGCCUACUGUUCGAGUUCCCACAAAUUGUAGUGACAAUCGUGCUUCAGUUCAUGAUGGAUCAUCUGGUGACCCCAAUGUUAGUAAGGAGGUGCCUGCAAAAUUUGAUCAUUUAUCUCCGUCCGGACAACCCUCCCAAACUGAGACAUUAGAAACAGGAGAUGAGAUGAUGGAGGAAACAAAUCUUGAUGUUAGGCACAAGACCAAUGCUACAAUCCUACCUGACAAGAAUCAAGCUCAACCACCUUCCCUGCUGCGUACUGUUGACAGCAGCAGAGAUGAUCUGCACAACUCUGCUUCAGUUCAUGAUGGUUCAUGUGGAGAUAAAACUCUAACUGCAGCUCACGGAGACAUUCACACCAGGCAGGGGAGCGUGUUUAUGACCGCCAAUGCUGUCAGAACAGAUUAUCUCUCCCUGGAGGAAGAACGCAGAAAAUCUCCAAGAGAUAGUCAGCAGAUGCGGUCCAACGGGCCUUCCUCCGAACCUGAGGCUGCCCAAACUACGGAGGGGACGCAAGUUGCUCCGGGCACCUCCAUGGUAAGAAACAUGGGUUCUCUGUUGACGAUGGAGAAAGGCGUUCGGAAGGCCGGAGUGGAAACAAGUUUUCUUGACUGCCGCCUCUGCUUCCGCCCCUUAAAGCCUCCUGUCUUCCAGUGCAAUGGCAGGCAUUCAGUUUGUGUCACAUGCCUUACCGAGCUCCCUGGCGGACAGUGCCCGAUGUGCAAGCAUGGCGGCGGAGGCUUUGUUCCCUGCCUUUUAAUGGACGACAUCGUCUCGUUGGCAACGAUAAAGUGCUCCCACGGUGGCUGCCAGAGCUACGUCACCUACCAUGAGCAUGACGAUCACCAUAGUGCGUGCCCACACACACCCUGCUUCUGCACGGAGCCCGGCUGCAGCUUCACCGGCCCGCCACCGGCGCUCCUCGGCCACCUUGCCACCCUGCAUUCCUGGCCUGUGCACAAGAUUGAGUACGGCAAGGUUCUCUGGCUUCAGGUUCCGGUGUCAGAACCGCGGCGUCUGCUCCUCGCGGAGGACGGCAGCGUGUUCCUUCUUGUUGUGGGCUUGCUCAAUGCGAUCACUGCUGUGUCAGUGGUGUGCAUCAGGGCCAGCACGUCAGCGCUGCUGCAGUACCCAGCCAUGAUGUGGGCAUAUGGUCCGCCGGACGUUGCAGGCGGCAGAUGUAUGGUGGACACGCCGGCGGUGACGAGCAGCUCCAAGCCCUGCGAUGUUGCCGUGGAGAAGCUGCCAUUCUUCUUGGUUGUGCCGCCUGCGCAUGUGUUUGGGGCUGGGGCAUCCAAGGAGUUGUCUCUUGAGAUUCGAAUUAACAAGAUGUGAUUCUGAACUUAGUUUAGUACUCCCUCCGUCCGGAAAUACUCGUCGGAGAAAUGGAUGUAUCUAGACAUAUUUUAGUUCUAGAUACAUCCAUUUUUAUCAAUUUCUUCGACAAGUAUUUUGGGACGGAGGGAGUAAGAAUUAGUUGGAACCGUAGUAGUAUGUGGUUGGUAAGUGAUGCUGCCUUUUGGUUGCAAUUAGGAUGUGUUGCCGCAGCUAGUGUUUUGGUAACCGUGAUCCAAUGCUAUGUAGUAAGAAUUAGUUGGAACCGUAGUAGUAUGUGAUUGGUAACUAAUGUUGCCUUUUGGUUGCAAUUAGGACGUGUUGUUGCA